AGAGAGGCGAGAUGCGUGAGGGAGCGAGUAACUGACCUAACGCGCGCACACACACACACUGUAUCUCUUUCUGGUCUUGAGCUUAAUAUUUUUUUAUUUAAUUCUUGGGGAGAAACAAAAAGUGUGUUGUUGCAUUUCAUAGAACACGUGGGUUGGGAGGCCGAUUCGUUCAGAUUAAAUAUUCGCAUACUCAUCCUAACAAAACUAAAACUCUCUCUCUCUCUCUCUCUUACAAACCCGCAAUUUCACUUCCCCUCUUCCAAGAGCCACCGGAUCCUGCAAUUCCUCUCUCUAUUAGGGUGGUGCAGCAGUGAUGGGCAAAUUCCAGCUUCGUCUAUAUUGGAGGGCAAGUUGUGGUUCCUAAUGUGUCUUGCAUGUUAUUUCUCCCUGUUAGUGUAAUGAAACGAGUCAGAAUGCAGGUUUUUAGGCAGAGGGAGUAGAUUAUUGGAAUAAGGGAGACACAUGGUGCUUUGAUAGCUUUUGCGAAUUUGUUUUAUCUUUGACUGCGUUCUGAAAAUGGAAAAUCCUGACGUUGAAAAGUCUGAAGAAACCAAUAGACAAAUUGACAGUAACACAAAAUCUAAUUCUAAACAGCAGAGCGUAGAGAAAGCUAAUGAACACCCUGAUUGGUUACCUGAUGGCUGGAACGUGGAAGUCAGAACCCGUAAAAGUGGUGUACACAUGGGAUCUGGAUAUAAGUGUUACAUUGAGCCAUUGAAAGGAUACAAAUUCUUCUCCAAACCGGAGGUAUUACGAUAUCUCGAAACUGUAAAGGACAACAGUUGCACUUCCAAGAAGGGGAAGAAAUGCAGUAACAUGCAUUCUCCAAAACACAACAGUUGCACCUCCAAGAAGGAGAAGAAAUGCAGUAACAUGCAUUCUCCAAACGACAACAAUUGCACUUCCAAGAAGGAGAAGAAAUGCACUAACAUGGAUUCUCCAGACGACAACAGUUGCACUCUCAAGAAGGAGAAGAAUUGCAGUAACAUGGAUUCUCCAAACGACAAAAGUUGCACUUCCAAGAAGGAGAAGAAUUGCAGUAACUUGGAUUCUCCAAACGAUAACAGUUGCACUCUCAAGGAGAAGAAUUGCGGUAACAUGGAUUCUCCAAACAACAACAGUUUCACUCCCGAGAAGGAGAAGAAUUGCUGUAACAUGGAUUCUCCAAUCGACAACAGUUGCUCUUCCAAGAAGAAGAAUUGCAGUAACAUGGAUUCUCCAACCGAUGUUGUGGUUGAGAAGUCUACUGUGGAGGAUUUACCACCUGGAUGGGUGAAAGAAUUAAAGAUUAGGAAGAACAGCAAGGGCAUUCGGAAAGAUCCGUUUUAUAUAGAUCCAGCGAGUGGAUAUGUAUUCCGUUCCAAGAAGGAUGUACUUCGGUAUCUUGAAUCUGGUGAUAUACGUUCAUGUGCAUUUAAGCCAAGUAGAAGACAAGUCCAAGAUGAAGACAAUUUAACUCCACCACCUGCUGCCAAGAGACAGAAACUGAAGCAGUCUGCACCCGAACAACAGCUUUCUUCAGCCACAGAAAUUCUUGAUAAAAGCAACUUAGAAUUGCUAGAUGCUAACAGCUCAAGGAAAGGGAAAAAUGCAAAUGUGUCAUCUGGAAUGAUGGUUGCUUCUGUUCCCAUGGGUGAAUCUGUUGAAAAGAUGCAUUCACUGGAGGAUGGAGCUGCAAACUCUUCUGAAUUGAAGAAAACAUCUGACCCAAGUAGCUCAGCACUUUUGAAUGAAUCCUUGAAAGAAUCAGAACAAGUACUUUCUGCAGAUGAUGUGCAAGAGAAGGAGCAUGUUGUGAAUAUGAUGGAGAAUGCUAUUGAAAAGAAUCACAGUAACUAUAGCAUAUCCAAAAACAGGAAGGAGUUCAAUGUACCUCACCGGUCAUCACCAAGACUUGCUGGAAGUAAACCUGUCCAGUUGGCCAACAAUGUGAUGAAUGAACAGACUCUCCAGGUUCCUAAAAGAAACUUGAGGAAAAGUAGAAACACUCUAGAUAUUGAUAUUUCUGAAGACCAAACAGUUUCUAAGGAACAACCGCAUCAGCAAGAAGCAGAUAAAAUAGAAGACAAAAAGCCAGAAAUUCAAAUUAGCUCAAACAAAUCAAGUAAAAAGAAAGAGUACCACCUUCCUCGUCGGGCUUCAAAACGAUUAGCUGCAAUUGAACAUGAGUCAAUGAACUCCAAAGCAAAAUUGCAGCAAAGUGAGUGUGGGCCAGUUACAGUGCUUGCAGAUCAAGCACCAACAAAUGGAAAGUCAGCAAAUAAAAGGAAAAAAUCAGAACCUCAGCUGGGGAAACGUGAAAAUGAAGAAAUGGAGGAUGAGAAAUCAGAAUCUCAGCUGUCCUUUGCAUUUCACUACUCCUGGUCUGACCCAAGUUUGGAAUAUGCAAUCAAUACCCUCACUGGUGUGUUACCACCAGCUGAAACUGAUAUACCAAAAACUUUGGUUGACAAUGUUACGGGAAAAGGCGCCACUACCAUCCCUGAAACUGAUAUUCCAAAAUCUUUGGUUGACAAUGCUACAGGAAAAGGCACCACUACAGUCCCUGAAACUGAUAUUCAAAAAACUUUGGUUGACAAUGUUACAGGAAGAAGCGGAGGCAGUGAAAACAAUUUGCUUGACACUGUUGCAGGAAGCAGGGACAGAAAAUCCCAGGCACGUUCAAAUAAACCCAAGAAAAAGAAAGAGGUCAAAGUACCUAUGCGAUUAUCAAAGCGACUUGCUGGCCUUGAACCUGAGGUACUGCCUGCUGAAAGAGCUCUUGAAUAUUCGACUAGAAAAUCAUGCAAAGAAGAACCAACUGCAACUGCUACUUUAACUAAUGGAGUGUCUGACCAUCACGAUGCUGGGGAAGAAACCAAGCUUACUCCUCAAGCUUCUGACAGUUUGAAAACAGAAGUACUAGGAGAAUCAUUAAACCAGAGUGAGAAGUCAUAUGAUGCCCAAACUGGUCACAAGGAACAAUUGCAGAAAGUUGAAGCUGAAAAUAUUGGGGAUGCAAGAUCAGAGCCACAGCUCCCCUUACCGUUUGGGAACUCUUGGUCAGAUCCAUGCCUAGAAUUUGCAAUCAAGACUCUCACUGGUGCUUUGCCAGUUGAUGCUGGUGACAUUAUGCCCGCUUUGCCUCCUGGCUUUGAUAAUCCGCCAUAUAAGCAAUUGCAUGGGAAUGUGGUGACAAGCAUUAAUCAAGAAGCUCACGAUAACUCAAACCAAUCACAGAACAAGAAAGAGCUUAAUAUGGUUAGCCAGCUUGUGUUGAGGUCCAGUUCCACCUCUUAUGAAAAUGCUCCCAAAUUUACAACUAGACAGUCUUAUCUUGAUCAAGGCAACAUAAUAGGGAAUUUGAAUGAAGAACCCCGUCACACUGGAAACAUAACACCUCCUGUGCAUCAUUCUAGGAAUAUAAACUCACUAACACAUGAAGAGCCAUUAAAGCAAAAUGGACAGGUUGUCGAGGGUGGAUUUGUUACAACGGAGCAACAACUAUUUGAAACUGGAACGGUAAACCAUGAUAAUUCUGAAUUACAGUACUGUGCUCCGUUUAUGAAUUCUUGGUCAGACCCAUGCCUAGAAUUUGCAUUUAAGACUCUUACAGGCGUGAUACCAGUAGAGGAAAAUUUAACACUUCAAGGAUGUUUCCAGGAACCUGUUAACUAUCAUGAACGAAGGGAUGGUGGCUCAAUGUUGCCAGAUUUAGGAUCUUCCUGCUUUUCUCAAAGUGAUUUUUCGUUUCUCCAUGAUACAGGGGUUAAGUCCAUGCCGGGGCAGCAGCCAUCAAUAAGUUCUUCAUUCCUACCGUUGGAAAAAACGAGCCUGCAAGGUUUCGCUGGCGUUGAUCCUCAAACACAGUUUUCUCAGUGCAACAAUAAUUUUCAAAGAAGGUAAGCUAGUUAUAUAUUUGUAGCUACCUCCAGGAUAACUGCUAUUAGUAUCUAGUUAUACUUUUGUAGACUGCAAAAUGUUUGUCAUUAAGUAUCCUUUUAUUUUCCUGGUGACAAUUGUAAAUACAUUGUGAACAUAAGGUCUCGCUUAGUGUUUUGCUUUGUUCGUUGAGAAGAUCUAGGUAAGCAAAGUAAGGAGGUACAGGAGUCCAACUGUUGUGACAAUGGUAUCUAACUACUGUAGUUUGUAUCUCUAGUUAUUAUUUGUUUCAAGUGGUAUUAUUUCUUAUUUUCUUUCUCCUUCA